GAAGUAGGAUUCUAUGGAUAUCAGUUUCAUUUCAAAGGUACUGCACGAAUAUGAAGAUGAUCAGACAUGUCAUUUGCUGUGUUAAACAUGCAGUAGUCAUCUUUGUAAAGGUCAUAAUCAUUGUGGUAAUCUGCUACAAGCGGGAACAAAGAAGGAAUAAUGCCAUCCGUCCCGAUUCAAGGUUCCAAACGAUCGCGAUGGACAAGUUCCUCAACGACAUGGAAAGAGAAAAGCCAAUCCGAUUCUCUUCUCAGCAGCUAAGGAUCGCCACCGAUAAUUACAUUCACUUAUUGGGUUCGGGCGGUUUUGGGGCGGUUUACAAAGGGAUCUUUAGCAAUGGGACACUCGUGGCAGUGAAAGUUUUAAAGGGGACUUCCAACAAGAGGAUCGAAGAGCAGUUCAUGGCAGAGGUAAGCACAAUGGGAAGAACACACCAUUUCAAUUUGGUUAGACUCUAUGGAUUCUGUUUCGAAAGAGAUUUGCAGGCUUUGGUGUAUGAGUACAUGGAAAAAGGAUCGCUCGAUCAGAUCUUGUUCCGCGAAAACAAGAUGAUCGAAUGGGAGAAGCUGAUGGAGAUUGGAGUUGGGACAGCAAAAGCAAUAGCUUAUUUGCAUGAAGAGUGCCAACAGCGGAUCAUCCACUAUGAUAUAAAGCCGGGUAACAUUCUUUUGGAUGUGAAUUUUCGUCCAAAAGUGGCGGAUUUUGGAUUGGCGAAGCUUUGUAAUAGAGACAACACUCAUAUGACUAUGACGGGCGGGAGGGGGACUCCCGGGUAUGCUGCUCCAGAGCUCUGGAUGCCAUUUCCGGUCACACAUAAAUGCGAUGUUUACAGCUUUGGGAUGCUUUUGUUUGAGAUUGUAGGGAGGCGGAGGAACCUCGACAUUAAUCUCUCAGAGAGCCAGGAGUGGUUUCCAAGGUGGGUCUGGAAGAAGUUCGAGAGAGGUGAAUUUGGUGAGAUGAUUGUGGCUUGCGGGAUCGAAGACAGAGAUAGAGAGGAGGUUGAGAGAAUGGUUACAGUUGCCUUGUGGUGUGUUCAGUAUCGUCCGCAUGCGAGACCUAACAUGAGUGUUGUUGUGAAGAUGUUGGAAGGUGGGAUGGAAAUUCCGACGCCAUUAAACCCGUUUGAACACUUGGUUGUCGGCACUCCGGUCCAGAUGAUCUGGGGCGAUAGCGGUUUUGAUACAACAUCCUCUCAGCUGACAGAGACAACAGCAUCUUCUCAUGUGUGUGCUACUCCUGUUAUGAGGAGAUACGAGAUCGAAAUCGCUUCCACUUAA